CGCGCGGCCGGAAGCGGCAGCAUGCUGAUCCCAUUUUCAACGAAGAAUUGCUUCCAGCUACUUUAUAACCUCAAGGUCCCAGCAGCUGGCUUUAAAAACACAGUAAAAAGUGGGCUCAUUUUACAGUCGAUUUCCAAUGAUGUUUACCAAAAUCUGGCUGUAGAAGACUGGAUCCAUGACCACAUGAAUCUAGAAGGCAAGCCGGUUCUUUUCUUGUGGAGAAAUUCUCCCUCUGUUGUAAUUGGUAGGCAUCAGAAUCCUUGGCGGGAAUGUAACCUGAAUCUGAUGAGAGAAGAAGGUAUAAAACUGGCUCGGAGAAGAAGUGGAGGAGGAACAGUCUACCAUGAUAUGGGUAAUAUCAAUUUGACUUUUUUUACAACCAAAAAAAAGUAUGAUAGGAUGGAAAAUCUAAAAUUAGUUGUGAGAGCUCUGAAUGCUGUCCAACCUCAGCUGGAUGUGCAGGCGACCAAAAGAUUUGACCUUUUACUUGAUGGACAGUUUAAAAUCUCAGGAACAGCUUCUAAGAUUGGCCGGACUACUGCUUAUCACCAUUGCACUUUAUUAUGUAGUACCGAUGGGACUUUCUUGUCGUCUAUGCUGAAGAGCCCUUACCAAGGGAUCAGGAGCAAUGCCACUGCUAGCAUACCUGCCUUAGUAAAAAAUCUUUUGGAAAAAGAUCCCACUCUGACCUGUGAAGUACUGAUGAAUGCAAUUGCUGCAGAGUAUGCUGCUUAUCAUCAAAUUGAUAAUCACAUUAACCUAAUAAACCCAACAGAUGAGACACUGUUUCCUGGAAUAAAUAGCAAAGCCAAAGAACUACAAACCUGGGAGUGGAUAUAUGGCAAAACUCCAAAGUUUAGUAUAGACACUUCUUUUAAUGUGUUACAUGGACAGUCACACUUGGAAAUUAGAGUAUUCAUAGACAUAAAGAAUGGAAGAAUUGAAAUCUGUAAUAUUAAAGCACCCGAUCAUUGGUUGCCACUGGAAAUAUGUGACAAAUUAAAUUCAAGUUUUAUUGGUAGUAAGUUUUGCCCAAUUGAAACUACUAUGCUAAUAAAUAUAUUACGUAGAACAUCCCCAGAAGAUGAUGAAUUACACAGUAAAUGGAAUAUUCUCUGUGAAAAAAUUAAGGGAAUAAUGUGAUUCCAAGUAAAUUUCUAAAUAUGGACAGUUUCAAUGAGAAAAUAAAAAUUUUAGUGUACAUUGUAUGUC